GACUAUUAAAAGAAGGCCAUCUCCUCCUUCCCGCAAGGCAGCACCACUUCGCGUUUUCAUGCGCCUCCCCGUCCAUUGACUUCACCCUCUCCAAACCGUUAACCCCUGCGACCAUGGAACAUAUCGCUCCAGUUACCCAUCCAGCCCCCGAGCUGGAUGUGGUGACCGAACAGCAGAUGCGGAAGUCGUCGGUCGCCCCCACCGACAAGCCCGAGGUCAUGGAGCGGACCUGGGGCUUCGCCGCCCGCGUCGACAGCACCGUCACCUACGAGGAGUACUCGUACUGGGCCAAGAUCGAGCGCGAGAUGGAGGUCGAGGAGAACAGGGUCUACCAGGCCGAACACGGCUCCCCCCUUCUCGACUCGAUCAAGAACUCCUUCACCAAGGACGGCCGGGAGAAGAAGAAGGCGGCCAAGGAAGCCCGACUCCAGACCCUCGCCACCAUCGAGGAGAAGAAGGGCCCGUCCGGGGUCGUCACUGACGUCGACAACGGCGGCCAUCCCGUCCAGUCCGCGUUGAAGGUCUCAGACGCCGAAUGGCGCAAUGCCGCCCGCGCAUUGCGAACUGCCAGUUGGGGUCAGAUGUUCUUCCUCAUCACCACCGACAUUCUCGGUUGGUCAGGCGCACCAUUUGUCUUUGCCAGCGUGGGAUACGGCACCGGUGUGGCUCUUUACCUCAUCUUCGGUAUCUUCGCCGCGUGGGGCGGUUGGGUCAUCUGGAGAACUUUCCUCGAACUCGACUCUUCUCGCUACCCGAUGCAGAGCUUUGGCGAUCCCUUUUUGCGCCUGUUCGGUGUGAAGGCUCGCCACUUCAUCAACAUCGCCCAGUCCCUCCAGCAGUUCUUCACGGUGGCCAUUUUGAUCUUCAGCAAGGCCCUCAACAUUGAGCAGAUUGCCCACUCGGGCGUUUGUUUCGUGGCCAUGAUGGUCGUCAUCAUGGCCGUCGGGAUGCUCGGAGGCUUCAUUCGAAGCUUGAGGAAGAUUGGAUGGAUUUCAAACGCCGCCGUGUGGAUGAACAUUGUGAACUUUAUCAUCUGUAUGGUCGCCUGUGUACACUUCGCACCUUACUACCCGGCCAUCACAAAGUCGACCCUCAUCAAGUCGAUCGAGCCCGUCAAGGUCUUUGCCGGGAUCCCCCCGGACGCGUACCAACAGCAGUCCCCCGGCUUCGCCGCCACGUUCAACGCCGUCAACACCAUGGUCUACGCCUACGCCGGCGCCCUCCUCUUCGUGGCCUUCCUCUCCGAGAUGAGACACCCUCUCGACUUCUGGAAGGGCAUGUUCAUGGCCCAGGCCUUCAUCUGCAUCGUCUACAUGUUCUUCGGCGUGUUCGUCUACUCCUUCUACGGCCAGUACUCGGCCAACAACAUCGUCAACGUGGUCAACCCUUACGGCCUCCAGACGGCGGGCAACGUGCUCCGGCUCCUGUCCGGCUGGAUCGCCAUCAUCAUGUACUUCAACAUCGGCAUGAAGACGGUCUACCUCGAGGUCUUCCAGGCCAUCUUCAAGUUCCCCUCCAUCGUCGAGAAGAAGGGCAAGUUCCUCUGGUACCUCUUGGGCCCUUGCUACUGGAUCCUCGCCUUCGUCGUCGCCGGCGCGGUCCCCAACCUCAACGGCAUCGUCAGCCUGGUCGGCGCCGUCUUCAUGAUGAACUUCACCUACACCUUCCCCGGGAUGAUGUACAUCAGCAACAUCAUCCACAAGGCUGCCGAACUCCCCGGCGAGGGCUUCAACCCGGCCACCCGAGUCACCACCCGGCACGACGACGGCCUGAAGCGCUGGAUCAGAGGCUACAAGAAAACCUGGCUCCGAAGCACCGUCGCCUUCGUCUACGUCCUCCUCGGCCUCGCUUGCUGUGGGAUGGGUACGUGGGCCGCCAUCGAGGGUCUGAUUGACGUCUUCGGCCCCGGAGGUACCGUCGCCGUCAGCUUCGGUUGCCCCGUGCCUGUUUAAUUUUCGAGGGACAACAAAAACAAGGGGGGUUUCAAUUGCCGAGAAAAGGGACGACAGAAGUAGCAGAAGAAGCAACAGCAGAAGCAUCAUACAAAUGUAAACAUGGGAGAAAAAAGCCAUAGCUAGCUCCCCCUUUCCUGUGGAGUGUGCGUCAAUGUCAUCGGUUUUAAUGAUUCA